AUGGCACCAUCCAAAUUCUUCUCCUUCUCAUUACUCUUGCUAUCCACAACAGUGCUUUACAAAGCCGAAGCUGAAGAGCCUCUUCCAAAAACCAUGAUUUUCUACCUCCAAGACACAGCAAAGGGACCCAAUGCAACCGUUUCCCCAAUAAUUGGCCUCACCGGAAAGGAUUGGUCCUUCGACCAAUUCGGAACCAUAUUUGCGGUGGACGACCCUGUCAUGCUGAGCCCAAGCCCAAUGUCUGCUGAAGUGGGCCAGAUCCAAGGCCUGAUGGUAGUGUCGGCCCACGAUGGGGCUGAUGUAUAUGCUUCGCUUUCAAUUGUUUUCACGAAUUUGCAGUACAGUGGUAGUAGCAUACAGAUCCAAGGUGUUAUUCGUCAACGUGAGAGAUAUAGAGAACUCUCUGUGGUGUCUGGGACUGGCAAAUUUCGAUUUGUAAGGGGCUACGCUGCAUUUGAGACUUCAUUCUAUGAUCCAAAAACUGCACACUCCAUCAUCUACCAUAAAAUGGCACCCUGCAAAUUCUUGUCGUUCUCAUUUGUACUUUUGAUAUCCACAACGAUGCUUCACGAAGCUAAUGCUCAAUUCAAUGUUCCAACAACUUUGACUUUCUACCUCCAAGACAUAGCAAAGGGACCCGGAGCAACCGUUUCCCCGGUCACGGGCCUCACCGGAAAGGAUUGGACCUACGACCAAUUCGGAACCAUACUUGCAGUGGAUGACCCUCUAAUGAUGGGCCCAAACCCAAUGUCCACCCAAGUGGGCCGGGCCCAAGGCGUGCUUGUAGUGUCGGCCCAGGAUGGUGCUAACGUGAACGCGCUUCUUUCACUUGUGUUCACGAACUUGGAGUACAGUGGAAGCACGUUAGAGAUCCAAGGAGUUAGUCGGCAACGUGAGAAUUAUAAAGAGCUUUCGGUGGUGUCUGGAACGGGGAAGUUUCGGUUUGUGAGAGGCUAUGCUUCGUUGCAAACUCUGCUCUACGAUUCUGCAACGGCACAUUCUAUCCUACGCCACUCAAAGAAAAUGACACCAUCAUUUUCAACCCCAACAAAGCUCUUGUCCCUUUCAAUGCUCAUGAUAUCCAUGACAAUGGUUUAUGAAGCUUUUGCUCAAUUACCUCAACCUGUGCCUCAUCAAACAACGUUGGUGUUCUACCUGCAAGACAUAGCAAAAGGGUCUAAUGCCACAGUGGCUACAGUGACUGGAAUCAAAGGAAAGGAUUGGUCCUACAACACAUUUGGAACCAUAUUCGUGGUUGAUGACCCUGUUCUGUUGAGCCCAAGCCCAACCUCUGAAUUAGUGGGUCGGGCUCAAGGUGUACUCGUAGUUUCGGCCCAUGAUGGGUCUAAUGUGAAUGUGGCUAUUUCAAUUGUGUUCAACAAUUCGCAGUACAAAGGUAGCACCUUGGAGCUCCAAGGUAUUAGUCGUCAACGUGAGAAUUUAAGGGAACUCUCAGUGGUGUCUGGUACUGGUAAGUUUCGCUUUGUAAGGGGCUAUGCUACACUGCAAACUAUGCAAUAUGAUCCCCAAACUGCAAACUCCAUCAUUCGUUUGCCACCCUAUAAAUACAGCUCUCUGUUCUCAGAAACCACAUUAAAAAGGAUCCUUGUUCCAAAGGUUGAAAUGGAUGACAAAGAGAAACAACAUCCACAACCCCAUGUAGAGUUACCAAUAGAUGUUUCCAUUACCAGAACUCAAUCCAAUUGCUUCCAAAUCCAAUGUUUGUCCUCUAUUCUGACAAAAUUCCAUGCAGGGUACUUUAGGAUCAGUUUGUCUCUCACAAGCCAAGCUUUUCUAUUGAAGAUCCUCAUUGAACCAAUCCAAGAUGCACAUGCUCUCAGACGUUUGUUUUCAUCCAUACCCUCUUCUGUCCACACUCUCCUAUGGUUCCUGGCCUUGUUCGCACUAGCCACACUCUCUUUUCUCUACAUUCUAAAAUGUCUUUUACACUUUGACAUGGUUAAGGAUGAAUUCUUAAACUACGUGGGGGUAAAUUACCUAUUUGUCCCCUGGAUUUCUUGGCUCAUUUUGCUAGAAUCAUCACCAUUCCUCUCCCCAACAACACUUCUUUACAAAAUACUUUGGUGGGUGUUUGUUGUGCCAGUGGUGAUGCUUGAUGUGAAGAUUUAUGGCCAGUGGUUUACAAAAGGGAAGAGGUUUUUGUCAAUUGGAGCAAACCCAACAAGUCAGUUGUCUGUGAUUGGAAACUUGGUGGGUGCACAAGCUGCUGCACAAAUGGGUUGGAAGGAGAGUGCACUGUGCAUGUUUUCUUUGGGUAUUGUUCAUUACUUGGUGCUUUUUGUGACACUGUAUCAGCGAUUAGCAGGGAACAAUAACAUCCCUUCAAUGCUGCGUCCAGUGUUCUUCUUGUUCUUUGCAGCACCAAGCAUGGCAAGCUUGGCUUGGAACUCCAUUUGUGGCAAGUUUGACACCACAUGCAAGAUUUUGUUCUUCCUCUCUUUCUUCCUUUUCUUGUCCCUGGUUUCAAGGCCUAUGCUAUUUAAGAAGUCGAUGAAGAAGUUCAACGUGGCAUGGUGGGCUUAUUCGUUUCCUCUUACGGCUUUGGCACUGGCUUCGGUUGAGUAUGCUCAUGAAGUUAAGGGAAUCAUGGCUCACGCCAUCAUGUUUGUCUUAUCAUCUCUCUCUGUUCUUGUGUCUCUCGUAUUAAUGCUUAUCACUGUUAUCAACGCGACCAAGCACGCACUUACUCCCCUGUAA